CUGCAGAAUUGUUUACCUCCAUAUUUGAGAUUAGUACGUAGCAAUGUGGCAUCGUUCCUUGCUGUCUCUAGCAUGGGCCUUGGUUCUUUUGGCUUCUUCUUCAUCCUUUGCCUCAGCUCGAGUCGUACAACAUACGUUUAAUGUUCAAAAUCUUACUCUGAAUCGGUUAUGCCGAAAUCAAGUAAUCACUGCGGUGAAUGGAAGUCUUCCAGGACCAACUAUUGUAGUUCAAGAGGGUGAUAUGCUUGUUGUCCAUGUUAAUAACAAUUCGCCAUAUAAUGUCACUAUUCACUGGCAUGGAGUGUUCUAGUUAAUGAGCGGAUGGGCCGAUGGGCCUGAAUAUAUUACACAAUGCCCAAUCCGACCCGGUCAAAAUUACACCUACAGAUUUAACGUGACUCGCCAAGAAGGAACUCUAUGGUGGCACGCACACUUCAAAGUGCUCCGCGCCACUGUUCAUGGAGCCUUAAUCAUCCAACCCACACUCACUCGCUCAUACCCAUUUCCAAAGCCAUAUAAGGAAAUCUCAGUUGUCCUUGGCGAGUGGUGGAAUGCCGAUAUUAUGGACGUGGAGGCGCAAGCCACGGCCACUGGGACUCCGCCAAAUACAUCUAAUGCUUUUACCAUCAACGGCCAGCCUGGAGAUCUCUACCCAUGCUCCUCGAACAACACGGUUAGGUUCACGUUGGUACAUGGAAAGACCUAUCUUCUACGAGUAAUCAAUGCUGCACUCAACACUCCGUUAUUCUUCAAGAUCGCCAACCACAAAUUCACAGUGGUAGCCGUCGACGCGGCCUACACCAAUCCCUACCCCACCGACGUCUUGGUCUUAGCACCAGGCCAGACCGUUGACGCACUAAUGAAGGCAGAUCAAUUUCCGCGAUGGUAUUACAUGGCGGCGAGUGCCUACGUAGCCCUUCCACUUGUUCCGUUCGUCAAUAUCUCUGCCACCGCGAUUAUAUCGUACCUUGGUGCAUGGAAGUCGACGCCCGUGCUGCCCGUAAUGCCCAACUCCAGAGACACGACCACGGCAAACAACUUCCUUUUCAACCUGACCGGGCUUACCAGCAGCCCGUUUUGGUCACCAGUCCCUUUGAACAUAGAUGAGCGCAUGGUUGUGACGGUGGGGCUGGGUCUUUCCUUCUGCGACGCCUCGAGCGGGAUCUGCGGCGGGCCGGCGGGGAUGAAGAUAGCAGCGUCCAUGAACAACGUGUCGUUCGCGCUCCCAACGAGGUUGUCGAUCAUGCAAGCGUAUUAUAAUAAUGUAAGCGGGAUUUACACGACUGAUUUCCCCAACAACCCGCCAGUGGCGUUCGACUACACAAACCCGAACAAUGAGGCGAACUUUGCGUUGAUCCCAACGGUGAAGGGGACGAAGGUGAAGGUGUUCAAGUACAACACGACAGUGGAGAUGGUGUUCCAGAACACGGCGCUGCUUGCUUCGGACGAUCAUCCGAUGCACUUGCACGGUGUGAAUUUCUACGUGGUGGGGCUGGGCUUCGGCAACUACAAUCCCAAAAUUGAUACUAAGAAUUUCAACUUGGUGAACCCGCAGGAGCGCAAUACUGUUAUGGUUCCCUCCUACGGAUGGGUGGUCAUUAGGUUCCGAGCUAAUAAUCCAGGUGUAUGGUUCCUACAUUGUCACAUAGAUGCACACGUGCCGUGGGGUCUGGCUAGUACUUUUAUCAUUCAAAAUGGGCCGACACCAUCUACAAGGUUGCCUCCACCACCUGCAGAUCUUCCCAAAUGCUAGUUCACCGUUUCUACACAGAUAAAUAUAUACUUGUUUAAAUAUAUCAAGCUAUUUGGGAGAAAUUUGGUUCUCGAUUUGAUAAAAGUUCGCUUAAUGAAGAUUGUUAGCUUAGCGAAUACAGUUUAAGCUUACUAAUCUUUAGUUUAUUAAUUUAUGAGUAAGCUUGUCAAGUAAAUUAAAGUAGUAUUAACUAGCUAUAUUCUCUUCAUCUCUCAAAAUUAUAGCAUUUUUGCUAUUUUUGGCAUCCGUUGUAAUACCCGGGCUUUUGAUGACGUGUUUAGUUGCUUGAGUUUGAGUAAUUAGGGUAUCCUUUGUUUGAUUACUUGUACAGAGAUGAGGAGUUAUAUGAAGUUUUCUUGUUUUUUU